CAGGAUGGCGGGAAGGGUGAUGAAGAAACUAGCACUUGCGGUGCUGGGAAGUUUGCUAGGGCUAUGCACCGUACUGGUACAGGGCAGUGAGGUUGAUAGUGAAACUGCGCUUACCGCACGAUCGGAUCAGUACUACGAUGAGAUGUGGUAUCGAUUCUGGACCUUUCCUGUGACGAUGGCCAUCAAGGCGAAGGUGGUGGCGUGGCUGUUGUUCAUCACGUACUUUAGCACGAUCAUGCAGGCACUGGUGUAUCAACGAACGGAACCCCAACUGCCGGAAAUAUAUUCCGUGCCGGCCCACGGCGAUUGGGGACAUCCGCCGAUCUUCACAAGUUGGGGCUAAACUCGUCAACGAUUCAGCGAAGCAAGGAUCACCACUAAGACUGAAACGUUCAAGUGUAUUUAUUUAAACAUAAUAAAAUUGUGGCUA